AUGAUUCCAGUCUGGAACUUUUGGAUCAUCUCUGUUGCUGGAGCUUUGAGUCUUUUAGCCCAAGAGAACUGUGUAUUUCAGGCUGCCUCUCGUUUAUGGAACUGUUCUUCAAAAGCUUUCAGUGCAGUUCCGUCUGGUCUAACAGGUGAUGUCUUGGGUCUGGACUUGGCCUUCAACAGGAUCAAGCAAGUGAGAGGAGCAGAUCUAACGUUUGCAGUCAAUCUCCGGAUUCUUCUGCUCCAGUCUAAUCUAAUCCAAACAAUAGAGGAGGAUGCUUUUCACACUCUGGUAAAGCUGGAGCAUUUGGAUUUAUCAAGGAAUAAGCUGACUCGCUUGUCACCCUCUUGGCUUAGAUCACUUUCUUCCUUACAGAAGUUGAACAUUGAGGGGAACAACUAUUCGGAACUUGGGGAAACCCCACUGUUUUCUGACCUAAAAGGUUUGAGGUUUCUUUACUUGGGAAAUGUUGCUCAUUUUUCUACUUUACGGAGACAAGACUUGGAAGGCAUUUCUACACUUGAAGAACUGGAGAUAGAAGGACCAAGCCUCAGCCAAUAUGAGCCAGGAAGUCUUCGAUCAAUUGAGCUGAUAAAUCACCUUAUUUUGAAUGAUCCCUCGACCACCUCUUUCCCUUUGCUUAUGAAUGAUGUUAGGACUUCUGUGAUGUGCCUUGAACUGAGAAAUAUUCCAAAACUAAGCCACUAUUACUAUCAGGCACUUUAUGAAGUCACUGCACAAAAGCUUGUGUUUAGAAAUAUUGAAAUUUCAGAUCGGUUUGUUGUUCAUAUUUCUCCCAUCCUGGCUUCUAUGAGUCAACUGCAUGAUUUAGAAUUGGCAGAUUGUAGAUUUCAGGGUAUUGGUGAUUUCAGCGAUAUUCAAAAUUUUUCACAGACCCUGCAAAUAAUAGUAAUCAGAAAUAUAUCAGUUAAUGCGUUUUAUUCAUUUUCAGAUCUUACUACUGUAAUGUCUCUGGUUGAGGGUAUUACUAGUCUCACACUUGAAAAUGCAAGAGCUUUUCUGAUGAUCUGCACACUUGCAAGAAGCUUCCACUCACUGCAGUAUCUUGAUCUCAGUGUAAACUUGUUCCGAGAUGAAUAUUUAGAGCAUACACUGUGUCAGGGUGCCUGGCCUAAGUUACAAACUUUAAAUGUCAGUCAAAAUAUUCUGAAAAAGAUUGAGGUAGUAUCACGAAGUGCAUCACGUGUACUAAAUCUUUGUAAUUUAGAUAUAAGUCGAAAUAAUUUUGAAGCAAUGCCAGACAUCUGUGAGUGGCCAAAAAAUCUGAAAUAUUUAAACAUCUCAGGCUCUAAAGUGAACAAACUCACAGAGUGCCUCCCUCAAAGUCUGGAGGUGCUGGAUGUUAGCAGUAAUAACCUCCAAGACUUUAGACUGAGACUUCCAUAUCUCCAGGAGCUGUACCUCCAAAACAACAAACUGACAGCCCUCCCGCUUUCUGCAUUCAUCCCCAGCAUCAGGAUUUUGAACAUUCGAGGAAACAAAGUAUUUGGCUUCUCUGAGCAAGAACUUGAAAACUUUGCCAACCUGCAGACAUUGCAUGCCGGUUCCAACAGUUUCCAGUGCACAUGUGAAUUUCUCUCUUUCAUGCAGUCUCAACCAGAAAAAUCUGACAUCUUUGUGGAGUGGCCAAAUAACUACAUUUGUGAUGCUCCUGAUUAUGUAAGAGGUAAAGAAGUGGGAGUUGCCCAGCUACACCUGACAGACUGUCACCUGGUUUUAGUGAUUUCCUUGAUCUGUUGCUUGAUGAUUGUGACCAUCCUGAUGGUAGCAGUUCUUUGUUACAGGUUUCAUGCCAUCUGGUAUAUGAAAAUGAUCUGGGCCUGGCUUCAAGCAAAACACAAGCCCCAAAGAGCCCCUAGUAAAGACACUGAUUAUGAUGCCUUUGUUUCCUACAGCGAGCAGGACUCUGAGUGGGUGGAGAAUGUCAUGGUGAGCAAGCUGGAGCAAGCCCAUCCACCAUUUAAGCUCUGUCUACACAAAAGGGAUUUUAUGCCUGGCAAAUGGAUUGUGGACAACAUUAUUGACUCGAUUGAGAGGAGUUCCAAAACUCUGUUUGUGCUGUCGCAGCACUUUGUCCAGAGUGAGUGGUGCAAGUAUGAACUUGAUUUCUCUCAUUUCCGCCUUUUUGAUGAGAAUAACGACUCUGCGAUUUUGAUCCUCCUGGAACCCAUUCCUGCAGAAACAGUUCCCAAAAGGUUUUGCAAACUGAGGAAACUGAUGAAUACCAAAACCUACCUGGAAUGGCCAAGAGAUGAAGAUCAGCAACCAAUCUUCUGGUUUAAUUUGAACACUGCCAUGAAAUCCUAAGGGUGGGUGUAGAUUUCUUGACGAUAUGAGCUCUGAAGGAUAUUAUGUUACAUUAUGGGGUUCUCUUGAAAGUAUACUGCCUCUACUUUCCCAUGAAUAGGCUGGAUGAUAAAUGAACAUAUCCAAUAUCCAGUCUUUACCCACAAUAUGUGUCAGUCCUGAAAAAUUGCUAUGAUCUGCCAGAAUAUGGACACACCAGGUUGAGAAGUAUAAAGUACAAUAUCUCAGUCAGUGAUAUAGUUCCUUUACUUGUAAAAACUUUAUAAUAUACAACAGAAUUCAAACUAAUUUAAUAGACAGAAAUUCCGUCACAGCGUAAGAAGAAUAUGCAGAGUUAGAUGCAUAGCAUGUUUUCAUAUAAAUGCAGUAGUUGCUUUUAUCAGCUCUAAUAGUUGUACAACUCUUAUCUCACAGAUUCUUUUAAGUGUUUUGUAGACUAAGGAAGUGUCUAUAGAAGCUGUUUAAUCGGGGACUGGUCUGGAGCAUUAUGAUCCAAAUUGGCCCCAGACUGGCUACAAUGGCCCUCCCUUUCUCUGCACUGCUCUGUCAGGGGAAGGGUGGUGGUGCAAUUCUUGGCAUAUGGACAAAUGGCUCAGGCCAAAUCAAACCCGAUCCAGCAGUCCACAGGCAGAACAAACCCAAGGUCAUGCUGGAGUUUCUGGGAAACUUUGGAGUUUCCCCCAGUUUUGCUAAGUUCCUAGGUUCCAUCACUACAUUCCAUCAGGGUUCAUCCAUGUCUGAAUAUGCUGGGGUUUUGUCCUUUCUUUCUUUGGUCUCAUUCAUGCUAUGAAAUAACCCGGUGUGGGAUUACCAACAAACAAAGAACGAACUAAGACAAUGGUGUCAGAUGUGAGAAUCAAUCCCUGCUUGUAUUGGA